AUGAUGCAACGCGAUCAGAGUGCACACACCGCCUGGGAAAUACCUGUGGGGCAGACACUGUCUAGUCGCCAAUCCAAAUGUUAUUUUGAGUUUUGGUUCUCUGACGAAGACGACAAUAUGACAGCAUUUGCUUUACUAUGCGGAAUGCACUAUGUCAAAAGUCAUAAUGUUUUUCUGGCGAAAACUGGACAAAGAAGCAAAGUUAGGAAGCUUUUAAAAGAACAUUUACCGCCCAUGGUUCAGAGGUCGCUUGCUGUGCGCCGUAACAAACCUUAUUUCAAUAUUUUAAGUGUAGGAAGUGGAUCAGGGGAAACAGAUGUGGAAAUCUUAAAAAUAGUGAAGAAAGAGUUACAAAAAAGCGAGCGUAACCGUCACAUGAAGAUCCUCAACCGAGCAAUCGAGCCCAACAAACAUUCGUGCGAUCUCUACAUGGCGACCAUUGAAAGCUUGCCAAGCAGUCUUCCCGAUGAAAACCCUAUAGAAAUUGAACUUUGUCGGCAGACAUUUCAAGACUACAAGAAGAUGAAGUGCAGCCAUCAGCAGGAAUUAGUAAAGUUUGACUUGGUGCAUUUCAUCCACAGUAUCUAUCAUAUCGAAGUUGAAGAGGCUCUGCUUCAUUUUUUUGAGAAAGAGUUGAACGACACGGGAAUCUUACUGUUCAUCGUCUCCUCAGGGCAAGACCUUAUGGACAAGGUUACGUUGAAGCAAAGCAAGCACUGGGCUGGAGAAGAAAAACCCAUCGAAAAAAUUAUCAAAAUUGCUUGUGAUAAUGGCUGGAAACAUGACGUGUACACGGAAGAAUAUUCCAUCGACGUCACCGAAGUGUUUGAUGAGAAAUCAACAGAAGGAAAUCUACUCCUUGAUUUCCUGACACACACUGAGCAUUUUCGUGAGAAAGCAGACAAAAAACUUGUGGAAGAAACGCUUGAACUAAUCAAGGAUCUGACCAUUUUGAAAGAUGGGAAAAGACUUGGAGAGAUAAAGGAAUUGCUCAUUAUCAUUUCUAAGUAGCUCUGAGUAAUUCGUUUUCAAUGCAGUUCAUUUAGCCGAGAAGGAAUGUAAUCAGUUAAGGUCAUGAUAAGCCGCAUUUAAUGCUUUAGGUAAAAUGACAGAUGAUAGCCCAGAAUUUUCUACUGACUCAAAUGUUUUGCAAGAUCGGACCCUCGGGAAGCAAAGGGUGGUAGAGUUUUUUUCGCCCUCGAAGUCCUUUACCUGCAUAGUCUCAGUAACUACUUUGGCCACUGAUGCUACUGAUCAGUAGAGUUUUAAAUGGAUCAUACUAAUUAAUUUGAGCGGUUUUUAGACUAGUUAUUUUUACGUUAAGAGAAAUUAGAUGCCAGUCACUCUUAGGAGCCAAACAUUGGUUGAACUCUUCAGCCAAAAUAUCAGUGUUUCUAGAGUAUCGAACUUCUCGGCUUUCCUUACGCGGCAGCGCUCUAUGUAUUGUCUUCUAGAUAGAUAAUGAGUUGUCCUUAAUGCUCCUU